AGAGGCUAUCACGAGACCUCCGCGUGCGGGCGAGUGUUUCCGUCACGUGCGCCGAGCGGCGAAGUGACGUCGGCGGGAGAAAGUGCGUCCGGCGGUCGACGUCCAAAACAUUUCGCAACUCGUGUUUGUUUUCCGACCGAUGCGGACGUAAACAAACUUCCGGAAUCGAUCUCCCCCCCUCUCCUCCUAGUCGCUUCCGCCCGAACGUCCUCCAAAAAGUUUUCCGGUCCUCUUCCGGAGAGAAAGCGGAAGUGAAUUCGAUCUUGCGGCCACAUUUAUUAACGACGUGAAUGUAAAUAACGCCGGAUCGAUCGAUCGAUCGCCGUCGUCGGGCGAACCGCCAAAAUUUGUGGUAAACACUACCGUAUCGAUCGGCGAAUGCGCGCGCUUACGCGUAUCGUGUGCCUAGGACGUCGUCGUCGGCUCGACCAAUAAGGAUCCGAUGCGGUUAUCGAUGCCACCGCGAUCGAAAGUAGGGGGGCGGGCCAUCCCUGGCAACAGCUCACCUUUGAACGCGUAAAGGUUAUCUCGUUGGAGUUGUUUUCCUGCGAGAUAACGAUUCGUUUUUUAAUCGCUCGCCGUUAUAUAAACGUCGUCGAAUCCGUAGGAGCUCAAUUCGCUUCUUCGUUCCAUCUCUCUCAGACUCCUGAUCGACUUUUAUAGAUGGAGACCGUCGUGUCCGAUGCUAUGGACCUCGUUUACGAGAAUAGCGUUUCUGUUAUCCACUCUCUGCAGAUCAGAUUUCAACAGCAGAGUGGACUCUUUUUCCUCAUAUCCAAUGUAUUUGAUCCUCGGUAUGCCUUUCUGUUUUUGACUCCUUUGAUUCUGUCUUUCGAUCGAUCCCUGGGAAAGAAAAUCCUUUUCGUCUCGAUCGUAGCCGAAUGGUCCAACCAAGUUCUGAAAUGGAUGCUGCACGGAGAACGACCUUACUGGUGGAUCCACGAGACGGGCGUGUACAAUCGUACCGGCUCUCGACUACCCGAUAUCCAACAGUAUUUCCUCACCUGCGAAACGGGACCCGGUAGUCCCUCGGGUCACGCCAUGUGUUCCGCUUCUGUCUGGUACGUGGUGGUAGAGUCUCUUCUCCGUAAAGUCGGGGCCAUUAAUAAGAACAGCAACGUGCUGUCGUCCAUGUGUUGGUCCACUUACACACUUGCGUUGGCCGCCGUCAGCCUGUCUAGAGUUUUCCUCGCCGCUCACUUUCCUCAUCAGUGCGUUCUAGGAAUUUCAAUAGGUGUGUUGGUGGCCAUGGCUGCGGGCAAGAUCGACUUGGACCGACUAAAACUGAAGCAUUACGUUUUGAUGACUAUCGGACUAUUCUCCAGCGCUUUGGGCACCUACGCGGUUCUGAAGAUGAUGGGCAUGAACCCCAUGUGGUCGGUGGACAGAGCAGUCAAAUGGUGCGCCAAACAAGAAUACAUUCAUUUGGAUACUACUCCCUUCUUUUCCAUGACUCGCUACUGCGGAUUCGCCCUGGGCAUGGGGCUGGGAUUGAGUUCUCCCCUAUUUGCACGAGUGUCCUCCGUAAAAUUCCCUCCAUACGCUAAAGCGGCGUGCGCCGUUUUGGCCUUGAGCGUGGCUAAAUUGUCCGAAAGAAUCGUCCUCCCUAAAGCCAACGUAUAUCUCUUUUACGGUCUAGCCUUCGCACUCAACGUCGUCUUGUCUUACGUCUUCUUAGCCGUCGUACCCUUCGUCGUCUUUCGGUGUUGGUCCGUUCUCGACAGAAAAACAAAAAAGGUCCUUUGAGAGCUUUGGAAAGGCCAGAUGAAGAUCCCACCGGACCUAUGACGUCCGCUAAUAAGAAACGAAACGUCGAACAUUUUGUACAAAGCCAUUCAUUUGUAAAUAGUUUCACUUUAUUCACGUCAUUUUGUACGUAUUCGCCAUUCGUGAUACUAUGAAUACUUUUUCGGUUUUAAUAAAUUUGUUUUUAGUUAUA